AAACAACAUCAAAGUGUUCAUAUUAACCUUAUAGCUUGCACACAAAAUCAGACCAAAUUAAAGUCAUAUAAAAAGGAAAAAGGAAAACCAUUCCAAAAAGAAAAGCCAUCUAAACAAUCCUUUUAUUAAAAAUCAUUCAUUAUAAAAGUAAAACAAAGACACCAAUACCAAUUCCCUUUCUUCUUCUCUUUUUUCAAACCCAAAACGGCAAAACCUCUCUCUCUCUCUCUCUAUCACUCACUCAAAAAGCUUCUCCAAACUCAUCCAUGGUGUGAUUUUUCCACCUUUCCCCUUCCAAAUCCCCAAAUGGGUAUUCAAAAAACCCAACCUUUCAUCCUUUCACUCACUCUGUUCCUCUCCACAAUUUUCUCCGGCGUCACAACCGGCGCCGACUACACCAAAAUGGUCUACAAAGGCUGUGCAGACCAAAAAUUCCAAGACCCAAAUGGGAUUUACUCUCAAACCCUAAAAACCCUCUUCCAAUCACUCCUAACUCAAUCUCAACAAAAACCCUUUUCCACAACCACCUCCGGCGAAGGCCAAAGCUCCAUUACAGGUUGGUACCAAUGCAGAGGAGACCUAACCACAGCCCAAUGCUCCGAUUGCGUGGGUAAGAUCCCAGAUAUGGCAACCAAGCUCUGCGAUCGAGCUGUAGCAGCACGAGUCCAGCUCCACGGGUGUUAUCUCCGGUACGAAGUUUAUGGGUUCAAGCAAGUUUCCGAGUCUGAAUUGCUUUACAAGACUUGUGGGUCGAUUCAUGGGAAAGGUGGUAACAAUAAUAAUGGGUUUGAGCAGAAGAGAGAUACUGCUUUUGAGAUGGUUGAAGAAGGUGUUAAGAGUGGGAAUAGUUUGUUCUAUACAGGGAGUUAUCAAUCUGUGUAUGUAUUGGGACAGUGUGAAGGUGAUUUGGAUGGUGAUGGUUGUGGUGAUUGUGUUAAGAAAGCUAUUGAGAAAGUUAGUAGUGAGUGUGGUGAUUACAUUUCUGGUCAAGUUUAUCUUCAGAAAUGUUAUCUUAGUUAUAGCUAUUAUCCCAAUGGAGUACCUGCAACUGGAAUUGUUAAUGGGAAUGGAAAUGGAAUAUCCUCAACAACCACCAAUGAAGGAGGGACAGGGAAAAAUCACACAGAGAGGACUGUAGCCAUUGCUGUUGGAGGGGUUGCAGCUUUGGGUUUUUUAAUUGUUUGUUUAUUGUUUGUAAGAUCUGUCAUGAAGAAACGUGGUGGCAAGCACCGAGGCUAGGCUAAGAGGUUCAUUUCUUCAUAUAUAUACUUCUUUAAAGUUUAGAUUUUUAUUUGUAUAUGUACAUAUAUGGAUAUAUAUGGUUAUAUCAUCAUAGAGAAUAGUAUAUAAUAAUAUAAGAUAAAUAUAAAGAAAAAGAAUGUUAUCAUGCA